AUGGAGGGCGAGUCUAGCACAUGCACAUAUGAUCAGCUGGAGAGCAUAAUACUUAAUGGAAGUUCAGGACCAUGCAGUCUACCACUAGAGUAUUUGAGGAGGAUCACAAACAACUUCUCUGAUGAGCGAUUACUCGGCGAAGGUGCUUUCGGUAAGGUGUACAAGUAA